CGAUAAGCAUUGUAGCGGUGCCCAUGUCUACUCGCCCGAAUCCAUCGAACGGCUCAGUUGUCGCCAGUGUCUCGAAGAGCGUAAACGGUUGCCAGCCAGGUUGCUUUCUUAUACGCCGGUGGUAAGCGUUAAAUUUUUCUUCGAUCAGUUUUAUCGAAUUUGCUCAGUUUUUCCUUGUCUUUAUCCUCUGUCGUCAAACAUUCCGGCAAACACUAACGGAAAACGAGAAAUUUCGAGGUUCGAAGUGAAUAUGAGACAAUAGAUCGUCCUACGGGGUGGAAAAAGUGUAAAAUAUGAGCGCAACCACCGAAACGUGCGGUGUUGACGAGAAAUUUAGCGAGGACGGAAUGGCCGACAAGAAACGUGAGAUAGAGGCCAUGGAUCUAGGAGAAAUCAAACUACGUGAAAUAAUCCGCGAUGAGUUUCAAGGGCACAUGAAGGAAAUGCGAGAAGAUAUGUCGGAGCUUUUUGAUAAUCGAAUAGUCAACAUGGCAACAGACAUUUUACAAAAAAUGGAAACAGUGGUGUCGAGUAACUCUAAAGAUUUAAGCGAAGCAGCGAAAUACUGCAACAGAAUCAAACCAUCGGAGGAAGAUGGUCUACCGAGGAAACAGUUCCUCCCAAGGAAUUCCAUGCUGACAGAUCUUUACGAAAUCAAACAUAUUCGAACAAUGUACAACGUUAUCGUAACAGUACUGAUAAUUCUGUUUAUACAUACUGCUAUUUAUGAUAUUCGGACAACGGGAUCACCCAAUAUCGCCAUCAGCACUAUAAAGAAGGGCUUCGCGAAGCUUCCGGUGGUGCUCUUCGUGUGGACACUGAUGACAUGUUCAACGUUCGGAGUUUAUGCUGCCUUUUGUUUCUGGGCCACUCGGCGCGAACAACAGCCACCAAAGUCGUUCUCAAGGAAAGUUUGGGAUUACGGGUGGUUAACAGCUUUGAUCGCUUACGAGAUCAUUUUCAUCAUAUUACCUACGAAAGCUGUGCUCAAAGAAGAGUUACCCGUAGCGUCCAGUAUGAUCGUACUUAUGGAACUGACUCGAAUGCUAAUGAAAAAGUACGCCUUUGUGAGAAGCGUGGCACCCAGGUUUUUAACAUAUAAAUCUCAUUCCGACAUGGAAACGAUCAAACCGCCAGACUUUUCAAAGUUCCUUUACUUCUUAUUCGCUCCAACUUUGGUCUACCAAGAAAGCUAUCCCAGAGCAAAAACAAUCCGAUGGAACAUAGUUCUAGUGAAUUUAGCUGAAGUAAUGGCAGUCAUAUUUUGCGUGGCGUUGUUGUACGAGCGUCUAGUGGAACCGAAUUUCAAGGACUUUGGAACUCAACCUGUAGAAUGGGGAAUGCUGAUACUCAAUAUCCUUAGCGCCAUGUUACCCGGAACCAUGAUGUUUGUCUGCGGCUUUUACUGUCUGUUGCACUCUUGGAUGAACGCCUUCGCCGAAUUGCUGCGAUUCGGUGAUAAAAUGUUCUACAAAGACUGGUGGAACUCAAGGACAUACUUCAUGUACUACCGCACGUGGAACAUCGUGGUGCACGACUGGCUGUACUCUUACAUCUACAAGGACAUGUACGAGAUCGUGACAAGGCGGAAUAAGAUGCUGUCGAUGAUUACGGUGUUCUCGAUCUCCGCGAUCUUUCACGAGUACAUCCUGUCUUUCACCUUUCGGUUCUUCUAUCCAGUGAUGCUGACCCUGUUCGCUGGCGUCGGGAUGUUUUUUCUGUUUGUGCUGAAGACGAACGGGAACAUCUUCUUUUGGCUUACGCUGUUCGUAGGCAACGGAUUGAUGGCGAGCCUGUACUGCAUGGAGCAUUACGCCAGAGUCAACUGUCCACCCGUACGCGACGAUUUCCUAGACUACCUAAUCCCGAGAAGCUGGACGUGUAUUCUUCAAUGACCGACCAAUUAAAAAAGAAACAAUUGCAAAAUAAUACAGGCGGGAUGGAAAACCUGCGAUUGGAAAUGAUUACUCAGGUUCCGGAUCCCUUGGCUAUAUCAACGAACCUAGUUCGCUGUAGUCAGUGUUAGAACCUGCGUAAUUAACGUGAUCAUAAAUAAAUGACUGUAGUCAGUUAGGUCUUCGUGAAAAGAGACGAGUUUUACAGUGGGCUUGCGGAUGUCGAAGAUGAAAGGACCCGUUGUUAGUGAUACUCAUCGUGUAAGUUAGAUAAUAAAAUUGAGAUUAUUAAUGCGCGCGCGUCGCGAUAUUAUUCCACGAAAAUAAACGGUAGCUGAUUUCUUUUU